UUUUAUCACGAACAAAGGAGAAGAGACGUGGUAUUCACUAGCUACUACUGUAGCUAGCAGGUGGCUCUGAAAUCCCCUUCCUGCUCCCGCGAUGCCGUCGGCUGGGCUGUCGCCGCCGCCGUGGAGCAGUAUGGAGGGGCAGGUGGUGCUGGUGACGGGCGCCUCCUCCGGCAUCGGCCGCGACUUCUGCCUCGACCUGGCGCGCGCCGGCUGCCGCGUCGUCGCCGCCGCCCGCCGCGCCGACCGGCUCCGCUCGCUCUGCGACGAGAUCAACGCCUCCGAGGCUGCCGCCCAAGGCCCCCGCGCGGUGGCCGUGGAGCUCGACGUCGCCGCCGGUGGCUCGGUCCUGGAGGCAGCGGUGCAGAGGGCCUGGGACGCCUUUGGCCGCAUCGACGCCUUGAUCAACAACGCUGGCAUCCGAGGUGGAGUGCACUCUCCAUUAGAUUGGCCUGAGGAUGAGUGGGACAGAAUCAUCAAGACGAACCUAACCGGAUCAUGGCUCGUGGCCAAACAUGUCUGUCGGCGCAUGCGUGACGCCAAGCUAUAUGGUUCAGUGGUUAACAUCACCUCUAUUGCUGGCCUUAACCGAGGGCAUCUGCCUGGCUCCACUGGAUAUGCAUCCUCAAAGGCUGCUGUGCAUUAUGCCACCAAGAUUAUGGCUUUGGAAUUGGGCGCGUAUGGAAUCAGAGUGAACUCAAUUGCGCCUGGACUUUUCAAGUCAGAGAUAACUGCUCCUCUGCUUCAGAAGAGGUGGUUGAGCACCGUUACUUCAAAGAUAGUGCCGCUCAAGGAGCAUGGCACGACUGAUCCUGCAUUGACGUCGCUGGUCCGUUUCCUGAUCCAUGAAGCAUCGUCAUAUGUGACUGGCAACAUCUUUGUUGUGGAUUCAGGUGCUGCCAUACCUGGUGUUCCGAUAUUCUCCUCCCUGUAAAUUACUGUUUAAGGUUUAGUUUACUGUAACUAAGUUACAUAUGGUUGCAUAAAGCAGUCAGUUAAAAAACUCCAUGCAGGAAGCGCUGCUUCUUGUAUAGUUGAUUCCCGACAAUAUUUCAUCAAGUUCUGCUUUCCGCUAUUGUUUUAAUGUAUUUUCUCCAGAGACACAUAGUUUGGUAUAGAAUGGCAAUCUUAAACUUA